AUGGGAGGAGCUAGAGAAGAAACAGUGGCGUGGCGGUACUUUAGCAGAGAUGUUCUGCCGUUUGCUGCCAUGUUUACGGUGGAGUGUACCACUGUUGGAGCGACCACACUGUACAAGGCUGCAUCUCUAAGAGGAUUGAGCUUCUAUGUCUUUGUCUUUUACUCUUAUCUUGUUUCGACACUUCUCCUUCUCCCACUUUCCCUCAUCUUUGGAAGGUCAAGAAGUUUACCUCCAGCCAAGUCACCUCUCUUCUUCAAGAUUUUCAUACUUGGGCUUCUCGGGUUCAUGUCGCAGAUAGCUGCUUGUAAGGGUAUAGAGUACAGUUCUCCUACUCUCGCUUCUGCUAUCAGCAACCUCACGCCAGCUUUCACAUUCACGCUCGCCGUUAUCUUCAGGAUGGAGCAAGUAAGGUUAAGGAGCUCAGCGAGUCAGGCUAAAAUCAUUGGCGCAAUACUAUCUAUAUCUGGUGCUCUAGUAAUUGUGCUAUAUAAAGGCCCAAAGGUUCUCUCUGGUGCAUCUUUUACACCUUCAUCAUCUCAACCCAUUUUGCGUGACCAGCAUUUAACUUCGCCCGAUUCAAGUUGGAUGAUUGGAGGCCUAUUGCUUGCUUCUCAGUAUUUUCUUCUAUCAGUCUGGUAUAUUCUUCAGACUCGGGUUAUGGAGGAAUACCCUGAAGAAAUAAGAGUAGUUUUCUUCUACAACGUAUUUGCAACGCUAAUCUCAGCACCAGUGUGCUUAUUUAUGGAAAGCAACUUGACUUCUUGGGUGCUUAAACCAGAUAUUUCCCUCGCUGCAAUCGUAUACUCGGGACUCUUCGUUUCAAUGUUCAGCGCGGUUACCCACACAUGGGGCCUACAUCUGAAAGGCCCUGUCUACAUAUCCUUGUUUAGGCCAUUGUCUAUCGCGAUAGCAGUUGCCAUGGGUUCUAUAUUUCUCGGCGAUGCACUUCACCUUGGGAGUGUUAUUGGAUCAGUGAUAUUGUGCUUUGGGUUCUACACUGUAAUUUGGGGCAAAGCAAAAGAGGAUUCAACCAAAUCUGUAGCUGGUUCUGAGCAUUCACCUUUGCUGCUUACACACGUCGUUGGAGACGAAGACUUAGAAUAUUCUGAGAAUCUGGAUAUCAUGAGAGAAACAGUGGCGUGGAGGUACUUCAGCCGAGAUGUUGUGCCCUUUGCGGCAAUGAUCGCAGUGGAGUGUACCACGGUUGGAUCAUCCACACUGUUCAAAGCGGCGACUUUGAGAGGAUUCAGUUUUUAUGUCUUUGUCUUCUACUCUUAUGUUGUUGCUACACUUGUCCUAUUUACACUUUCCCUCAUCUUUGGAAGGAAGAGAAGAUUACCUUCAGCCAAGUCUCCUCUCUUCUUCAAGAUUUUCUUACUUACGCUUCUUGGGCUCACCUCGCGGAUAGCUGGUUGUAAAGGAAUAGAAUAUAGUUCCCCAACUCUUUCUUCUGCUAUAAGCAACCUCACACCAGCUUUCACCUUCAUGCUUGCCGUCUUCUUCAGGAUGGAACAAAUAAUGUUAAGAAGCUCUGCAACACAGGCUAAAAUCAUUGGCACGAUAGUAUCUAUAUCUGGUGCUCUUGUUAUUGUUCUUUAUAAAGGCCCAAAGCUUCUUGUUGCUACAUCUUUUACUUCAUUCGAGCCAAGUUGGAUCAUUGGAGGCCUUUUGCUAGCUUUACAGUAUUUGCUUCUUUCAGUCUGGUAUAUUCUUCAGACUCAGAUCAUGGAGAUAUACCCUGAAGAAAUAAGCGUAGUCCUCUUCUACAACAUGUGUGCAACGCUAAUCUCAGCGCUAGUAUGUUUAUUUGCAGAAAGAGACUUGAAUUCUUGGAAGCUUAAACCGGGAGUCUCACUAGUUGCAGUCAUAUACUCGGGAUUCUUUGAUACAUCAUUGGGCUCAGUUAUCCACACAUGGGGCCUGCAUUUGAAGGGUCCGGUCUAUGUAUCCUUGUUCAAGCCCUUGUCUAUUGCCAUUGCAGUUGCCAUGGCUUCUAUAUUCCUUGGAGAUGCACUUCACCUAGGGAGUGUGGUUGGAUCAGUGAUAUUGAGCUUUGGAUUUUAUACUGUGAUCUGGGGCAAAGCAAGAGAAGAUUCAACCAAAACAAUAGGUGAUUCUGAACAGUCACUUUUGUUUCCUACACAGUCACAGAACAGAGAAGAUGAAACCUUAUCAUGAAGAUAUGAUACAAGUGAAAUCAUUUUAAAACUUUCCAUAACUAUAGACCCAAUCGACGAUGGGUCCGUAUUUGACAAUUUGUAUAUACCUUUUUUUUUUUUUAAUAUACCUCUUCUUUCGUAUCAUCUUGUAUAUGCAUAUGUUUG